AAGCUCCUCAUACACCAAGAUUUCACCCUCUCCAUGUUACUUCUUUUCAACAUCUGUGAUGACUACGAGUCUUCUCUCAGAGCAUUAUAGCCAUUUUGACUGAUGGUGCCAUCCAUGACUCUUUCGUUCUGCUGACGUCCUCUCAGCACGGUUGUACCAUUAAGUUAUAUCCUGCACGCCUCGGACAACUAUGUCGAGGGUCGCCUCAGAUAUGGAGGAGCAGGGUACUCCGCUCCUCGACGACCUCAACCAUGGCGAAACGUCCUCCAAGCCAUUCCUCGAGGUUGAGGAACGGGAAAUACCUGCUACCAUUGAUGCUGGUUACGAAACCCCCACGCCACCCUCCAGAUCCCAAGCCUUACCCUCCAAGAAGACCUGGUUAUCAGGAUGGUCGAUAAAUCCCUGGUCCAUCCUCCCUCGCUACAUCCAACCGGGUGGCCGACAAAAGUACAAGCAACGACGGUCCCCGACAUCAUAUCUCGACGCACUCCGCGGCUAUGCGGCCGUGUUGGUCUACAUAUACCAUUGCUGGGACCUUCCGCAAAUCUCUGUGUUUCAUUGGCAUUUCAUUCGGGUACCCUGGGUGGGCGGCCCGGGGAUGGUGGCCAUCUUCUUCGUCAUUUCUGGCUACGUUCUGAGUUACCGUCUCAUCAAACUCAUCCGGAUGCAAGAGUCGGCCAAACUUUUGGAUAGCCUGGCCUCGUCCAUCUUUCGCCGUUACCUUCGCCUGUAUUUGUCGACCGCCUUCGCCACGCACGUCUCGGCCUGGUGCAUCUACUUUGGCUGGUCGCUUGGCCCGUUCGCCGACCGUCGCCUGCCCACCCUCACCGGCCAGCUGUGGGACUGGUUCCGUGACGCCGUCGCGACCAGCAACCCGUUCGCCAACAUCGAGGGUUGGAUCCACGACGGUGUCUUUUUUUCACACUACCUUGGACAGAUGUGGACCAUCCCGGUCGAAUAUCGCGGCAGCAUCGUCAUUUUCUUGUUUUGUGCCGCGGCAUGCAAAAUGACGACGAGAUGCCGCAUGCUUUUCUCUUGGGUUGUCGUCGCUUUCAGCUACUACUGGCGCGUCGCCUACGUCGUCGAGUUCAUGUUCGGUGUGUUCCUUGCCGAGUUGUCGUUGAUCCUGCACCCCGAACGACAUGGUCUACCGUCCCCGCCAAAUCUGGAUGUGACGGCCGCGGCCGCGAACAACGAGAAGCAUGACUUGCGCUCUUCCAGGAAAUCGCGCGUCGCCCAACAGGUCAUCUCUUACAUUUUGUUGAUCGUCGGGUUGUUUCUCUUGGGCCAACCUGAACCGCCGGCCUUGGGUUCCACCGGCCCCUGGCCCUGGCAAUACCUCCAACCCUUGAUCCCUUCCUGGUACGGCGACGCGGCGUACACCUUCUGGCUGUCCAUCGCGGCCUGCUGCGUCGUGUCGGCCGUCGACCUGAACCCGACACUACAACGGCCGUUUGAAUGGAGUUUCUCUCAAUACAUUGGCGAUCUCUCAUUCGGCAUCUACGCCAUGCACGUCAUCCUGCUGUACUCGCUCUACCAGCCCAAAAUGCUACCCUGGCAGGUUCGGCAUCUGGGGGACUCGACGAUCGCGUACCUUCCUGGCGCGUUGGUCCUCACCGUGUUGCUGAUCUGGGUGGCCGACUACUUUUCCCGCGUCGACAAGAGAAUCGUCCGUUUUGGAAGAUGGCUUCAAACGAAAUCGUUUGUCAAGUGGGAGUAGAUUCUUCAGACCUCCUUUUUGGCCAUCUUUGAACCAUUUUCUUUUCGUGGCAUCAUCAUCCUGAGCGGUAUAUUUUCUUUUCCCAAUUUUUUGGGAAUUUUUUCUUCUACUCUUGCAAUUACAUAGCAGCAUAUCAUUCAUACAAAAAUAAAAC